UUUGAACUGACAAGCCUUUGACCUUUUGUAGCAUUGUUUUAUGUGGAUGAGGGAUUAGCCUUGGGCUAAUGAAUAAUUAAAUUGUGACUCUUGUACGGUGCUGGAUAACAGAAGCUCCUGAAGUUCAUGUACAAGUAUUAUUACUAGAGCUAAAAUCUAGAUCUAGAUCUAGAUUCUAGAUUCUAAUUCGGUUUUAGAUCUGUAUGAGCUUGCAUUUUAAAGAAAUUGUGUAAAGUAUAGACAUAGACUAGAUUCUAGAUCUAGAUUCUAAUCAACCUCACUUCACACCUGAAAAUGUUUCGAAGAAUAUCAGAUGCUUUUUUACCUCUACAAAGAGCUGUUGGCGCUGCCAGGGCUGUGUAUCAUGGACAAGCUGCAGCGAUUGUUCCACCUGCUGCAUCACUCAAUGGACAGAAAUGUUUCAGUUCUUCCAAUGAAAGCCCAACUCCAAAUCCAAUCUAUGAGCUUAGAGUAUAUCGCACCCAAAUGGUUGAUUUCAAGCCUGUUGUUGCUGCAUUUGAACAGUUCAUCCACUUGCGGACAAAUCAUUCAGAACUGAUGGGCUUCUGGACAGCAGAGAUUGGAGAGUCUAUACAUGAACUUGUUCAUAUCUGGAAAUACGACAGCCUCAGUCACCGCUUAAAAGUUCGACAAGCCCUGGCUGCCGACAAAGAAUGGCAUGCAUCCUUCAUUCCUAAGCUCAUUCCACACGUGCAGUAUAUGACCAAUGCCUUGAUGGCCCCUGUACCAGGCACUGCUGUCAAUGAGGAUGUUGAGAAAGAUGCUAGUGCGGUUUACACCUUGCAGCGUGUACUUCAAAACAGCCCAGCACCUGGCAGCCUUGGCUCUGGUGAAGUGUUGAUUGGACGCUUUUUGGGAGUCUUGGGUGCUAACAACACUGAAUAUCGACUUUGGAGGUAUGGAAAUAUUGAUGCUGCUCUGGAUGCCUCAUGGAAGAAGACUGUUGAUAAUGACGGAAGUAUUGCGAAUACUCUUCUCUAUCCUACCUCGUUUUCCCCUCUUCAGUAGAGCAACUGCAAGGCUGUGAUGAUUCUGUAUCAUCUACUGAUGUGAAACUGAGACUGGGCUGUUACAUAUGAACUGUGUCUGCAGGAUUGUAUUGUACUUAGGUCAUUCUUAGUUUUAAAGUAGUGUUCUGUCUAUUUAAAAAAAAUUACUGUUCUGAUUUAACAAAAUUAUAACCUGUCUGAUUCUGAGAACUAAAAAGUAAAAUGUAUCAUGCGCUUUUGUUUUUGUAGUACCAUUUCAUUUUUAUCAUGACUGAUGAGAUGUAUUUGGUAAGAUUUAUUAAAUGACAAGGCAG